AUGGGACAGUGCUGGACUAGGUUACGCAAUUGCAAAGGACAUCAUAAGCGGCGUCAAAUUGGUGGAAAAGUUCAAAGUAUUUCUAAAGAAGAUAUUUGGGAAGAGAAACUAACCGAAGCCAGAAAAAAUGACAAAAUUGUUGUGGUGAAAUUCUGUGCAAAAUGGUGCAAGAAUUGUAAAGAGAUAGCAACAACCUACCGUGAACUUGCUGAUAAAUAUCCUACUUUAGUUUUCCUCUCCGUAGAUGUUGAUGAAAUGACAGAAUUUAGCGCUUCAUUUGAUAUCAAAGCUACCCCAACCUUUUACUUUCUUAGAUCUGGACAACCUAUGGACAAACUUGUAGGAGCCAACAAAGUAGAACUUCGCAGGAAGCUUGCUACAAUUGCUGAGUUAUCAUCGAGAAUGUAAAAGCUUAUCAGAUUCAUGUUGGAAGUUCUCCUUGAUGAAAGUGGCUUUGCAAUUGCAUAUGCUUUGCUAGUCAUUCCAUGUUGCAAAAGCUCUUGUGCUCACUUAUCAAUAUUAGAAGGCGGAUGUGAAGUUUGAAGGACGAAAAGGAAUUUAUAUAUAUAUGUCUUGCUGCAAAUUUCGUGCAAUUGUGGUAGCCUUUAAAUUGAUCCCUAAACUAUGCUUGAUAAUGAGUGACAAUUAUUCGA